AUGUUACACUCGGGCCUCCCUUCCAUCUUUCCUAUUCGCCUCCAUUCUGGACCACCGAGAGGCAGGGGCCAGCAACUGGGGUUCCUUAUUUCUUCGGGGUCCCAUUUCUCGUCUGGGGGCCCUUCUGGCUGUGGUUUGGAUGAUAGCGCCCUUCCGCUCUAUCCCUCUGUCCCUCCAUUUCAUUCCUAUCCCGGCCGGUUCGUCCUGGGGGACUCCCUCCCCUGUGGGGGCAGGAUCGCCUCAUUGGCCUGCGCCCCCACAAUGCCAGCAUCUUCUCCGCUGACAAUCGGCCGAAAAAUGACCAACCACUCCACACGUCCAACAUUUCAGAGCGCAGUAGUCCGCUUGAUUUACGGUCCCCUGUCGCCGUACACCACCGAGCCUUGUGCUCGUAUUCGCCACAGGUCAUACAAUUGGGUCCCAGUGACCUGGGGUCUCCUACCCAAUUGGUUGGACAAUCCCGAGCCCUGUGCCCAGCGUAUUUACACGUCCAGCACACUAGCCCGUACCGGCCUGGCGUGGAUUUAUAGAAUCCAUACCGCAAGUCCCAUUCUCGUUUAUUCGGAUCUGCCUCCAAUUCCCAAUUUUCCUCUACUUCUUCGUCCGGGUCCCGUGCCCGAACCUGCUCCUUCUUUUUCAUUAUCUUGGUCCCCCCUGGGGUCCCUGGCUACGCUACCCCUUAUUCUGUCCCAAAGUCGUUCACUGUUGCGAGCUGCUUCAAUGGCCGCGGCCAGGGUGCUCGGUCCUUCCUUCAGGACGUCAUCCCACCCAUGCAAUUCGGACCUAGAGACCUGGGGUCUCCUCCCCAAUUGGUGGCGCAGUCUCUGA